ACCUGUCCUUUCAUGUAUCUCUGCUUCGUUCAGAGUAGUUACAAGUCAUUUGCCUGCUUUGAGGGCUUGAGGAACUCUCAUCUCCUCCAUAUCACUCUUCUUAACUGUGUAGGUCAUGCUGCUGUAAUACUGACUGUGAAUUCUCCUCCAGGUGCCCAGAUUAUUGAUUUGAUGAUGCUUGUAAUAGAUGUGACAAAAGGGAUGCAGACGCAGUCAGCGGAGUGCUUGGUAAUUGGGCAAAUUGCCUGCCAGAAGAUGGUGGUAGUUCUGAACAAAAUAGAUCUCCUUCCAGAGGGGAAGAGACAAAGUGCCAUUGAGAAGAUGACUAAGAAAAUGCAGAAGACCUUGGAAAAUACUAAGUUCUAUGGGUGUCCUGUUGUUGCUGUUGCAGCAAAGCCUGGUGGACCGGAAGCCCCAGAGUCUGAGAAUCCACUAGGUGUUUCUGAAUUAAUUGAGGUCCUGAAGUCUCAGGCUUACCUGCCAUCAAGAGACCCCUCGGGACACUUCCUUAUGGCAGUUGACCAUUGUUUCUCUAUUAAGGGUCAAGGCACGGUGAUGACAGGGACUAUUCUUUCUGGCUCUGUUAGCCUUGGUGACAAUGUGGAGAUUCCUGCCCUGAAGGUGACAAAGAAAGUCAAGUCCAUGCAGAUGUUCCAUACCCCUGUGACUUACGCUAUGCAAGGUGACAGAGUAGGUAUCUGUGUAACCCAAUUUGAUCCCAAACUGCUAGAACGAGGCCUGAUUUGCACCCCAGAAUCACUUCACACCAUUCAUGCUGCAAUAAUUUCCCUGAAGAAAAUCCAGUAUUUUCGAGGAGCUCUUCAGACCAAAGCCAAAUUCCAUAUUACAGUUGGUCAUGAAACAGUUAUGGGAAGAGUGAUGUUUUUCAGUCCAGCCCCUGCUGACUUCAAUGAAGAAAUUAAAGAAAAUGUUUUUGAUUUUGAAAAAGAUUAUCUUUAUCAAGAGGAAUAUUUGUCCAAGGACUCGAAUUCUUCAGAGAACAACAAAGAUAAUGACCAGGCAGAAGUCGUCCAGCUCCCAAGACAACAGUGGGCUUUGCUAGAGUUUGAAAAACCAGUCACUUGUCCUAAACUGUGUCUUGUGAUCGGCUCCAAGCUGGAUACAGAUAUUCAUGCAAAUACCUGCAGGUUGGCAUUCCAUGGGGUACUGCUCCAAGGCAUGGAAGACAAGAAUUACAUGGAGACUUUCCUUCCAAAACUGAAGGUGUACAAACUGAAGCACAAGGAAGGACAAGUGGAAAGGGUGAUGGAUGAUUACAGUGUGAUUGGUCGUUCAUUGUUUAAAAAGGAAACAAACAUCCAGAUUUUUGUGGGUCUAAAAGUUAAACUAUCUACAGGAGAAGAUGGAAUAAUAGAUGGUGGUUUUGGACAAAGUGGCAAAUUUAAAAUCCGAAUUCCAGAUGGGCUGAAGCCAGAUACCAAGAUGCUUCUUGCUGUUGCUGCCAAGAAGAAAUCUAAGGCGGGGAAGGUGGAUGCAACCAAAGAGGAUGAAAGCAGCAAGAAUGAUUCAGCCCAACCUGUUACCAUCUCUCUUCUCUUUAAAAGAUAUGUCUUUGACACACAGAAGAAAAUGAUUCAAUCUUGA